AUGAGGCGCAUACUCAGUAACAAUUUAUUGAGCCAUAUCUGUUUAUUUGGCAGAAAUCUUCCGUCCCAUGCCUCUAUAACAUUUGGCCUACGAAGCGAUUUUGCACAAAAGUUCAUCAGAAAAGCAACAACAGACUCAACCAGCAUGGAUCUGAGUGACAUGAGGAAGAAAUACAAAGGAGAUGAAGAGUGCUUCGAGGAGAGUCAACUCGUGUCUCUGGAUCCGGUCAAGCAGUUUGGAAACUGGUUCGAUGACGCCACAAAGUGCUCCGCAGUAGGAGAGCCAAACGCCAUGUGCAUCUCCACCGCCACCAAAGAUGGACGUCCAUCCGCCCGCAUGGUCCUCCUCAAAGGUUACAGCAACGAAGGAUUUAGAUUCUUUACAAACUACGAGAGUCGGAAAGGGAACGAGCUGGAGAAUAAUCCUUAUGCAUGCUUGGUCUUCUACUGGGAGCCUCUGAACAGACAGAUUCGUAUCGAGGGUAAUGUGGAGCGGAUCCCCUAUCAGACCUCCUGUGAUUACUUCCACUCUCGACCUAAGAGCAGCCAGAUCGGGGCUGUCGUGAGCAGACAAAGCACUGCCGUCCCCAACAGAGACUAUUUAAGGCAGAAAAAUGCAGAACUAGAGGAGAAAUACAAGGAUACAGAAGUGCCUAUGCCUGAUUAUUGGGGCGGCUACAUCGUCAAGCCUAACCUGAUCGAGUUCUGGCAGGGUCAGACCAACAGACUCCACGACCGCAUCGUCUUCACCAAGUCGAAGGAUGGAGAGAACGAGCUGGAGGAGUUUCAGCACGCUGCGGAGGGAGGCUGGGUUUACCAGAGACUGUCUCCAUGAGAAGGGAUUUCAUCAAGAAUACAACCUCAUCAUCGAUAAAAUAAUCAUCUUUACCUCAUGUGAAGUAACUGCUCAUGUAGAUACUUAUGGAAAGUAUUUGAUGUUGAUUAAAUAGGUGCUAUUAUGUGUGUAAGACUCAUCAAUAAGCCAAACGUCAUCAUGUCUCUUUGAAACCUAACUGUGAGACGUUUUUCACUGUAACUGUGGAUAAGAGAGGUGUGACAUAACCUUUCAAACUGUGUACAACUUUACAUGUUGUCAUGUGUUAUAUACAAAAAAAAAAGGUAAUAGGAACGCUGACUGUACAGAAAGUGCACUGACCGACACAGGAGAGCAAACUCCAGCCGGCCCUGUUAAAUAAUCAUUGACAGCAAAAGUUGGUUAACCUGUUUUUUGGAAGUGGAAGCUUUUGUCUUACCGUCUUGAAAAGCACAAGUUUCACUUUUAAUUCAUUUUUAAUGUUGACUUUGGUUUACGGAUCCUUAAUUUGCCAAUAAUUUCAUAAUGGGAUAUAUUAUUUGGUAGUUUAUUAUAUGGAAAAUGGAGAAAGGUGUUGAGCUGAAUUUAUUAAAUAAAGAACUCCCUUCAAACAAUUCCCCAAUUCAGACACCCAAGCAAAUAUUAAUCUAUUUUAUUAUUAGAAACUUUAUACUUCAUACAUGUUGAAUUAUGUACUUGCUUGUGGACACAUUUGACCUGCCGUACACUGACAAAAACACUCUUUAUGUUAUAAGGGCGAUUGAUUGGAAGUAUAUUAAACAGCUGUCUCCAUUUUCCCUAUAAUUAGCUCCAAAUUGGGUACCGUAAUCCAUUCAAGGAACCGUCAUGUGACUUUAAAGCUACAUAAAUCCCUUUUUUUAGGGAUUUAUAGGGAUUCAAACAGCCUUGACAUCUAAAUAAAAUUCAUUAUGUAUUGAUGUAUCUGUGACUGAGGAUCCAGCUGCCUUUUAAUAAUGAGAUUAAAAGAGCCGAGUAUGUUAAUUGUGCCAACCGUCAUGUGAAUUAUGAAUGUCUUGUACUAUGUGAGAAUGAGAUUUAAUGUUAAUUGUUUACUGAUGGAGGAAUUUAUAUUUUUUCCUGACUUGAAUUAACUGGAAUAGAGCCAGUAAUAAAGUGUAAUUUAAUAACUCA